AUUGGUGGAAUUGUGUGAUAAUGAACCGGCUUUGACGUGUCGCCUAUAGUGCGGUCUGAAUCUGAAAUUGCGACGUGUCGCAUGGGAACACGGUUGUGGUUGACUGAAAAGAAAAUGAUGCCAAAUAAAACAACUGCAUCGAACCAAAAAAAGAACAUGUUUCCCGAUAAAAAGUCAUCAACAAAGCAAAUGAAAACCAGCUCAAUUACAAACGCCGCUGGAUUAAGUUCUCUUAUUACAUUUACAGUUUUGCUUCUCGCAUGGAUUUCAGGAUUUGCCUCUCGACUUUUUGCUGUUAUACGAUUUGAAAGUAUUAUUCACGAAUUUGAUCCCUGGUUUAAUUAUCGUGCCACUGCAUAUAUGGUACAGCAUGGAUUCUACAAUUUUCUCAACUGGUUUGACGAGAGAGCAUGGUACCCUUUGGGGAGAAUCGUGGGUGGCACCGUGUAUCCCGGUCUAAUGAUAACGUCGGGCUCGAUUCACUACAUUCUUCAUUCUCUAAACAUUCCAAUUCAUAUUCGCGAUAUUUGUGUAUUUUUGGCACCAAUAUUCAGCGGCCUCACCGCCAUUUCCACGUAUCUCUUAACUAAGGAAUUAUGGAGCACUGGCGCGGGUCUUUUUGCCGCUUGCUUCAUAGCAAUCGUACCUGGGUAUAUUUCAAGAUCCGUCGCAGGCAGUUACGACAAUGAGGGCAUUGCCAUUUUCGCACUGCAAUUCACGUACUAUCUUUGGGUCAAGUCAGUUAAAACGGGUUCAAUAUUCUGGGCCUCAAUGACUGCUCUUUCUUAUUUCUACAUGGUUUCCGCUUGGGGGGGAUAUGUCUUCAUUAUAAAUCUUAUUCCUCUCCAUGUCUUCUGUCUCUUAAUCAUGAAUAGAUUUAGUAAUCGGCUGUUCACUAGUUACACGGUGUUUUUCAUCUUGGGCUUACUGUUGAGUAUGCAAAUUCCAUUCGUUGGCUUUCAACCAAUUAGGACAUCAGAACAUAUGCCUGCUGUUGGAGUUUUUGGAUUACUUAUUUUUGUUGCAACACUGAGAUAUCUUCGAACAAUUUUCACGAAAUCAGAAAUGAAAUAUUUCGGAGUUAUUGUGGUCAUAACGGCAGGCUUCUUACUAUUGGUUUUGAUUGGAUUAACCUAUGCUGGAGUCGUUGCACCUUGGAGUGGAAGAUUCUACUCCCUUUGGGACACUGGCUACGCGAAAAUUCACAUUCCCAUAAUUGCAUCUGUUUCCGAGCAUCAGCCAACAACUUGGUUUAGUUUCUUUUUCGAUCUGCAUAUUCUGGUGACAACCUUCCCAGUUGGACUCUGGUACUGCAUAAAGCACAUAAACGACGAACGUGUUUUUGUGGUUCUUUAUGCAAUAAGCGCUGUCUAUUUUGCUGGUGUAAUGGUGCGCUUAAUGUUGACGCUGACACCAGUGGUGUGCAUGUUGGCUGGCGUUGCUUUCAGUGGUGUGUUGGACCUAUUUCUUAAGGAAGACAGUAAGGAAGGAGACGAGAAGACGGAAGGCGGCGGCGGCGGCAGCAGCGAACUUGAAAGUGAAGAGGAGAGGGAAAGAAGUCCUGGACGUUCUCUUUAUGAUAAAGCUGGAAAACUUCGUAGAAUGAAGCACGAGAGACCGAAAGGAAGUGGCGAUGGACUCGGCGCUAAUCUUAGAAACGGAGUUGUUAUUCUUAUUCUUGUUCUUCUAAUGAUGUUCACUAUUCAUUGCACUUGGAUCACUAGUAAUGCCUAUUCCAGUCCGUCAAUUGUUUUGUCGUCUUAUAGCAAUGAUGGAAGUAGAGCAAUUCUUGAUGAUUUUAGAGAAGCCUAUUUUUGGCUUGCUCAGAAUACACCUAGCGACGCAAGAGUUAUGAGUUGGUGGGAUUAUGGAUAUCAAAUAGCUGGUAUGGCAAACAGAACAACUUUAGUAGACAAUAACACCUGGAAUAAUUCACACAUUGCCCUUGUUGGAAAGGCCAUGAGUUCCAAUGAAAGUGCAGCAUAUGAAAUAAUGACAUCACUCGACGUCGAUUAUGUACUUGUUAUUUUUGGAGGAAUGAUUGGUUAUUCCGGAGAUGAUAUUAACAAGUUUCUGUGGAUGGUGAGAAUUGCCGAAGGAGAACAUCCACAAGAUAUUCGAGAAAGUGACUAUUUUACAGAAAGAGGGGAAUUUCGAGUUGACUCUGAAGGAUCACCAACACUAUUAAAUUCGCUCAUGUACAAACUUAGUUACUAUAGAUUUGGUGAGGUGAAAAUUGACUAUAGAUCUCCAUCUGGAUACGAUCGAACACGUAAUGCUGAAAUUGGAAAUAAAAAUUUCCAACUUACUUAUCUCGAGGAGGCUUACACAACUGAACAUUGGCUUGUUAGAGUUUACAGGGUUAAGAAACCGAAUGAAUUUAAUCGACCUCGCAUUCCACUCUCGGAAAGAACUGUAACCCGACCAACCUCAUCAUAUAUAAGUAAAAAGUUAUGGGGACGUUGAUGUUUCAGAGUGCCCGAAGGAAAAAAGGUUUCAUCAAGAAUCGACCAACCAUCAUCAAAGGUCUAAAACCACAAAAAAAGUACGCGACGUAACAAUGAGUCACCUAAAAAAACGAAAGAAAGAAAGAAAACGAAAUUUAAUUCAAUUUUUAAAAUAAUGAAAAAAAACAGUCCAUAGAAUUUAUUUUUAAAAUACUAAAUAUUCAAAAAGGAAAAAUCAAUCAAAAACCUGGAUAAUGAAAUUCACAGAAAUAAGGGAAAAAAUUAUUGUUUCUUUUUUUUCUUUUAUUUCAUAUACAUUUAUUGUGAUAAGACUGCAAAAAAGACUUGUAAUUUGAAAAAAAAAAUAAUUUUACAUUAAGAGAGAAUAGCAUUUAAAAAAACACUUUCAUAAUUGUUACAUGUUCUCUUCAAAGAACAGUAAAUUGGAGAAAAAAAAUGUUGUACAAAAAAAACUUGGGAAAUUUAAAUAUGUUUUCAUCUAAAUUUAUCAGUUUUUUUUUAAAUUAAAUAAAUGUUUUUUAUCGUAAUUAUAAUAUUGAAUGCAGUAAUAAACAGCAAAAAAAAAGUAAUUAAAUUGAAUGCAUCGAAUAUGUAUAAAGAAUAGAUAUAAGGAGAGUGUAAGUGUAUUUGCAUUUUAAAUUUGACAAAAAUUGUGCAUUUUUCUAUCAUAUUAAGAUAUACUUCCGGUAAUAAUAUUUUUAUAUCAUAUUUAUAUAUAUGCAUUAAUCUAUAUUCUUGCUUUAAAAAAUAUGAGUGAAUUACUGUCGGAUGUAAAGAAAAUUAUUCUAAAUGUAAAUUUAGAAUGUAAUUUUCAAUGUGUGUGUAUAGUAAGGAGAGAAAAGUGUUCAACUUUUGAAAAGUUCAACGUUCAUAAUACAUUACAAUAAUUAAGUCUCCUAAUGUCCAGUUUUAAAGGCAGUAAAUAUUGUAAGUAGGUAAAGAAAUUAAGGAAGCAAUUUAGAAAAGCUAAAUGGAAACUAAAAGAAAAUGCUUUUCAAUAUGCGUGAGUGUAUUGUUUAUGUACACACAAUUUGUUGUACUUGUUACGAGAUAAACAUUAAGAAUAACAUUCUUGUUGUUGGAAGAAA